AUCUCUGCAACUUCCCAUUCCUCACCUUCAUUUUUCUAUUGCCUUCAUCCCCCUAUAUUAACCCCUUCUCUCAGCCCAAAGCUCUUCAUGCCUUUCAACUUCCCUGUCCUUAUCAACCCAAGAAAGAGAAAGGGAUAAGAGUCAUAUCUUCGCACCACAUCAACCCCCAAGACGAGAGAAUAGCAAUCUCCACUCUUAUCAUUCCACGAGAGAGAGUGCGUGUUCUUGAGAGAGAGAGAGUUCUGUAGUUCCUAGACCCAUGGCCAACCUUGUGAAGAAGUUAUGGUGCUGUAGGAGGAAGAGCUUUCCGAUCGAUAUCCCCAAGGGAUACAUCAACGUUUGUGUCGGGAAACAGGUCCCCUUCAAGUUUGUGUUGGAGGCUAAUUAUCUGAACCACCCCCUCGUUGAGAACUUGCUCGAUUUGUCGGUCGAAGAAUACGGGUACUCGUAUGACGGAGCUCUGAGGAUUGAUUGUGAAGUGGAGGUGUUUGUCUAUUUGAUAGAGCUUCUCAAGACCAGGAACCCAUCUGCACAUUACAUGGAGCUCUCUGACCUUCUCUCUAAGUUCAAGCCUGGUAGUCCUGGCCCCAAAGAAAGCCUGUAGCAUCCCAUCACAAAAUUCUGACAUUUUUUCCUUUCCUUUUAGAGAGAGAUUGUAUAGAUUGAGAGAUGGGAUUGGUGGGGUUCUUGGUCCUUGGAAUUUUUGUACAAAGGCUGGGCACAUUCUUUUAGCAGAUUUAAAAUUCUUUAAUUUGUGUGAUCCUCCAAAAUGGGAGAGUUCAUGUAUUGGCAAGGUGAUUUGUUUUAGUAAUAAGAUGGAAUUGAUAAAAAGAUGGUAUUGGCAAGGUGAUUUGUUUUAGUAAUAGGAUGGAAUUGA